AACAGCACCCUUCUUUCUCAAAUAAACUCAAUCGCCCAGCUCCACUAUAGCAGCCUCCCUACGCACGGCUGCCCACCACUGCUUCCAGCCUUCGCCGUUACCGGAGAGAACGCCGUCAGCCACCGACUGCCGUCCUCGCACUCAGCCCAGCGACACUACUCCGACGUUGCAGCACCACGCAAACCCACCGCUCAACACUCGCAAAACAGCUCGGGUUCACCGUCAGCCACUGCCGGUCACCGCGCCAGACCACGGAGCAGAACCCUUACCAACGUGACAGCAACCACCAACACCCACGCACGGCGGAGAGGAAAUCCAGCUUUUGCAAGGCCUCGGCAUAGGAUAUUGAAAAGGGGGUAGGGUGCAUCAAUAUAUUAAAUGGGAGAUCCUUCAUUUUUUGAUCGAAUGAUCAACAAUCUCUGUGCAACGUCCAAGUUUUAUACUGGUUAUCCAAAGGAUCUUGGGCCAUCACGGGUUAUUCAUUUUACAUCUGAACGUGAGUUCGUUCAGCUGCUUCAUGAAGGUCAUCCUGUAGUUGUUGCCUUUACGAUCAGGGGUAAUUACACAAAACACCUUGACAGAGUACUGGAGGAAGCUUCUGCCGAGUUUUAUCCACAUGUUAAAUUUAUGCGCGUCGAGUGUCCAAAAUAUCCUGGGUUCUGCAUAACACGGCAGAGGAAGGAAUAUCCAUUUAUCGAAAUUUUUCAUAGUCCGGCACAGGCUUCUAACCAGGGAAGGGUUGCUGAUCCAAAUGUUACAAAAUACUCUGUGAAGGUUCUACCUUUCAAUUAUGACCAGAGUGCCUAUGGAUUUAGAGAAUUCUUCAAGCGCCAUGGUAUACGGGCAUCAGAGGCAAAGUAAAAUCAGGGGAAUAGUAUUUUCCUGCAACUGAGAAGCUCAAACCCCUUGGAAGGCCACUAAGAAUUUCAUCGAUGACGCUUUUCUCCUGUAGAUUUGGCAAUUCAAAUUAAUGAGUCAGAUAUUGGGACAGAGUUUUAGGAUGAAAAAUCAGCUCUUUAAAUCAAGUGUCUUUUGCACAUUUUAUGUGAAAUUAAAUUUGAUAUAUUAACAAAAAUUUCAUUGAUAUGUAAAAUUGAUCCCCCUAUAGUGGAUUAGAGAAAUUUCUUUGAACUCAGUUUAUAAAA